AUGCAGGCGCUUGUCGCCACCGAGCCUUCGCCUCCUGCAGAGGAGGCCGAGGGUAGCCUGGAGAGAGUGCUGCUUCCAGCGAGAAGAGCACGGCAGGCACGGGAUACCCCUCGGAGUGGAGCUUCAGGUCAGACGUCGGCGCGGACUUCGGAACUGGACCUGGCCACGGAGCUGGUGCAUGCUGCCUGCUAUGCUGGCGACAGUCCGCAGGAAGCAGUGUCUGUGGUGGUUUCCCAGGCCUCGGCAGCGGCGGAUGCGACGGAGAUGAUUGCCUCGUUGCAGGAGAAACUGGAUGCUCGACGACCCAGUGCAGGUCAGAGUUCCACAGAGUCUGCGGAACUGGACUUGGCCAAGGAGCUCGUGCAUGCUGCGUGCCAAGCGGAAGAUACUCCGCAGGAAGCAUUGUCGGUGGUGGUCUCGCAGGCCUCGGCAGCUGUUGAUGCGGCGGUGAUGGUUUCUGCCUUGAAGGAGAGACUGGGGGUUCGACCUCUCAGUGCCGGCACAGAGGGAAGCUUUCCGGCGUCUUCACUGGGCGAGGAGGUGCAGGCCGCCGUGCCACUGCCAAUCAUGUCCGAGCCGGCGUCGGAGGCUUCGGUGCUGGUUGAGCCUCCGAGAUCAAAGGAGUUGGUGGCAAUGAUGGACAACCUUGCCCAGUCACUGAUUGACGGACUCCAAGUUGUCGACGUGAAGCAGGCGCAGCCCGCCGGCUCCGAGACGCAGCCCAGCGCCAAGGAUGUCGCCGAGCAAGAUCGACCUACUUCAGGAGGUUUCGACCGCAGCGUUGCCAGCGUCCUUGCAUCGGCGGCCUGUUCCGAAGCAGCAGAG